AAUCUCGUCGGAUUUUGAAACCGCGCCCGUCUGGAUCCAAAGUAUUUGCGAGAAAAAAACUAAUUAAACUUUUUUUUAUCUGAAAAAUUUACAGUUACACGCGAGUUGAUUCGAAAAAGAGCUGAGCAUAACGAGACACAUCACGCCGAAAGGGGGAAAUUUUCUCUCUAGAAGAAAUCGCCCUCCAUCAACAAAACAUAUGCAAAAUUGAGCACAUCGACUUGUGGUGUCCUAGUUUGAAGAUAAUCUACCUUCAAGCCAACGAAAUUUCUAAAAUAGGUUUAAACCUUAAAUAACUGGCUGAUGAUGCAGAACUCAUGACGCUCAAUGUUGCAAUGUACUACGCAGAAAACGUCCGUCGGUUCAAGAACUUGGAGUAUCUCAAUUUGGCGUUGAAUAAAAUUGAAAUUGUGGAGAAUCUGGAAGGGUGCGAGUCACUCAACAAACUGGAUCUUACACUCAACUGCAUCCGCAAACUGAGCAGCCUCACGUCUCUUACCAACAACUAUGCCCUACGGGAAAUAUACCUGACCGGCAACCCUUGUGCAGCGUUCAAGUUUUACCGUUUAUAUGUCAUCGGUACUUUGCCCCAGUUGGAAUCUUUAGAUGGAGUGGCUGUUUUACAUACCGAACGGCUGGCGGCAAAAGCUAACUUUGAUUACAUCCAGUCAGAAAUUUUGGAACAGGAAUCCAUCAAAACGCACAAUCCGCCAAUUGAACGAGCCUCCGAAAUCCGCCGUCAGCUACGCAAUGAAAGAGAAUGUCUAGCUACAGCAGAUCAGACUCCUCCAAAACCGGAGAUAAACCGCCUGGUUUCUAAAGAUGGCCGUGUUUUGAAUUCUAAUCAAGCAGAAGUCAACUUUAAAUUAGUCGAAGAAGACGACACUAUCAUAUUGACCGUCAAACUUGCAAAGUACAUGGACACGUCACUAAUAGAUGUAGACAUUCAACCUACCUUUGUUCGAGUCAUAAUCAAGGGCAAAUUAUUGCAGCUGGUCCUUUCAACUGAGGUGCAGAGCGAUAGAUCCGUGGCGCAGCGUUCUCUAGCUAGUGGUGAUCUAGUCGUAACUAUGCCAAUGGUUAAAGAUGUCGUCAAACCCAGAGACAAUUCUGAUAUUCCUGCUUUAGAACCAAUUGCUUGACAAAUAUAAACAUUAAAGGUAAUUAAGAGAAAA